UACUACCCGGGUUGUUUAGGCCAAGGUUUUAAUUUGAAUAAAAGUCAAACUUCUUCGUCACUAUAAUUAUACUAUUUAAAUGGAUACUUUUAUUGAACUUUAUGUUUGAGUUUUCGAUUUGUUUUUUUUAUUCAAAAAUUAAAUGUUGUACAGUAGCAGAACAUGAGAAAUAACCCAUCUACGGCAUCCUCUAAUUCCGAUCUGCAUCUCUUCUUAUAUAGUAGACUACAACUUGGCUGUCUCGAAUCGACUAAUAUUAAACUCUUAAAUACAUUUAAUAUUAUCAGAUUAGUUAUCUUAACUUAAAGUUGAAGAAAAAGCUGAAGCUAAAGCGAAAAAUCAAAAAAAUGAGAUCAAUCGUUUUAUUGCUGGCAUUUGCCGCUGUCGCAGUUGGUAAAGAUAUUAUUGCAACUGUGGAGCUUUUACCCCAUGACAACAUCAACCCUGUCACUGGAAAUAUUAGAUUAUUUCAAAGUGAUUCUGGUGGGCCCGUAACUGUAACUGGAACAAUUACUGGACUCACUCCGGGAAAUCACGGGUUUCAUAUUCAUGAGAAAGGUGAUCUUUCUAAUAAGUGUCUUAGCACUGGUGGACACUUUAAUCCUACAAAUCACGUACAUGGAGCACCAACAGAUACUGUAAGACAUGUUGGGGAUCUUGGAAACAUUAAAGCUAACGUUGAUGGUGUUGCUAAUAUAAAUAUUGUUGAUAAUGUGAUUUCGUUAGUUGGAACAAACAAUAUCAUUGGACGUGGUGUUGUUGUUCAUUCAGGUGUUGAUGAUCUCGGCAAAGGAGGACAUGAGCUAUCACCCAUUACCGGAAAUGCUGGAUCACGUGUAAGCUGUGGAGUUAUUGAACUUGAAUCUUCCGAAGGAAGUCUUCCAUCUUCGAGAUCGUCAAUUUCCAUUGGCCAUCAUACCGUACUAGUGCCACUUAUUUUUAUUGUCUUCAAAUAUUACAACUAGUGACAUAUUUACAUAUAUAUAACUACAAUAUUUAAUUAUAAUAUCCAUAAUUUCAUUGCUAAAUACAGUAUUCUAAAAUCGAUUUAUGAUAUCAUCGGUUUAUCUACAAAUAAAGUGUGUUAUUUUUUUACUGAAUUUAAAUACUUAAUCAUGCAAUUAAUGUUUGAAAUUUUUCUACCGCAAUUCGAUCAACUUCCAAUGAUUUAAUUACAGUAGCAAUGGAUGAAGAUAAAGAUAAAAAUCAUAUAAUAGAAAGUAAUUAAUAAAUGUAAUGCAUAAAAUAAUAAUGAUAAUGAUACUCAAUAAAUGACUUGAAGUUAACACUCAAGUAAAUGUAUUAAUAUUUAGAUAAUUGUAAUGUUACAUGUAAAUGUGGGUAUGAUGUAAAAAGAAAAUAAAAGAAUAAAAAUGUUAGGAUCUGAUGAUAGUGUGGAUUGAUUCAUAGACUCAAUUUCCUGAGUAUAGGCGUUAAAUUCUUGAAUAAGUGUGACGAUUUAUCGCUGAAA